CACGUGUUCGCCAGAGUGAAGUCCCAUCGUGUUUAGUUUGUCGAAGAAGUUUCCAAUAUUCCGGGGGAAUUCGGUCGAUCGCAGUUAUAAUAACGGCAGUAAUACAACAUUUUGGAUGGAUCAUGGUUUGUGCUGGGCGAUUUUCUUUCUUAAUUAAAUUGAGACCACAGUCGAGAUUAUUUUGCGCCUCUACCACGAGGCAUGGCACCAUAAUUCCUUUCAGACUGUCUGAUAUUGGUGAAGGGAUUCGCGAAGUUACGCUGAAAGAAUGGUUCGUUAAACCCGGUGACAAAGUCGCUCAGUUUAAUGAAAUCUGUGAGGUGCAAAGUGACAAGGCUUCUGUAACAAUAACGAGUAGAUACGAUGGCCAUGUAACAAAACUUCAUUACAAAGUUAAUGAGGUUGCACUCGUAGGUGAUGCGCUGGUGGACAUCGAGCUUGAAGAUGGUGAUGCCAAAGUCGUUAAAGAAGACUUUGAAGCCAGUGAAGUACCUUUCCAACUUCAUAACGAAAUCGUGGGGGAUUAUUAUGAUAAAAAUGGCAGGGUUUUAACGACGCCGGCCGUUAGGAGAAUUGCGGCAGAAAAUAAUGUGAAAUUGAAGAAGGUUCCUGCUACUGGAAAGGCGGGAAGAGUUCUCAAAGAAGACAUUCUCGCAUUCUUAGAAAAACAAAAAGGAAACCAUAGUACAAAGUCAAUUGAUGCUGUUCAAGUAUUUGAAAGAAACGACAAAAACGAAAAUAUUGCAAGGAAUGAUGUGGAAGUUGUUACGCUGAAGGGAUAUCAAAGACACAUGUGGAAGACUAUGACACAAUCUCUUAGCAUUCCACAUUUUGCUUACUCCGAUGAGUGUGACAUAACAAAACUUUUAGAUCUACGAAAUGACGUGAAAGAUUUCUUAAAAUCAGAGGGUAUAUCACUAACACUCAUGCCAUUCUUCGUAAAAGCAGCGUCAAAAGCUCUGGAGAAAUAUCCACAAUUAAAUGCGUGGUUGGAUGAAGACAACCAAAGCUUAAAAGUAUUCAGACGUCACAAUAUUAGUUUUGCUAUGGCCACACCUGAGGGCCUGGUGGUGCCAAAUAUCAAGAACGUUCAGGAGCUUUCCAUCACCGAAAUCGCCAAGGAAUUGAAUAGACUUCAGGAGCUGGGGAAAAAAGCUUCAUUACCUCUUUCUGAUCUGCAUCAAGGGACUUUUUCACUUUCUAACAUAGGAGUUGUCGGUGGAACAUACACAAAACCUGUGAUUCUUCCCCCACAAAUUGUGAUUGGAGCCUUCGGAAAAGUGCAAAAAGUUCCUCGUUUUGACUUCGAGGGGAACACAAUAACUGCAAAUAUUAUUUUUGUCAGUUGGGCGGCGGAUCACCGAGUCGUUGAUGGUGUUACAAUGGCCCAAUUCUCAAAUCUGUGGAAGCACUAUGUGGAAAAUCCCUCCCACCUUCUUGUUUAAAAAUCAAAAUUUUCCAAUGAAAAGUAACAAUUUUUACCUCCAAAAAUGUCGAAACAAGCGGACAACGGCAUUUUGUUUCCGAAUGAAAGGCUUGUAUUUGAGCGAUUUUUCGAUUUUCUAAUUUUGAUGGCAAAUGGUCAUGGUAAUGUUAUGAAACGUGGGAAAAUUAUGUUUUUAGGGUCAUGACUGUAUAUAUGUGUGUAACAACUUGGGUUUUUUGUGAUCCAUUUUUAGAAAAUUCAACAUAAAUACGGUGAAAUUUAGCCAUAAAAGUCUGAAAUUUCGGCUCACGGUACCCUAGUAGAAAUCAAAUGUCCGAGCACCGUCGCCUGGAUUUUCCAGAGGCGACUAUCGCAUAGCAUACGUGUGACUAAUGGCGGAACAUCCCCGCUAGCGCACCCAAUAUGUGAGACCCAAUGUCCGGGCGUGCGCGCCCACUGAAUGUCGCCCUGCCGACCAGAAUUUCUACUAGGAUAGCUAUGAUUAAGCUUAACUUGGGUGCGCUGUUUCAGCCCCAUUAGUCCAGUAGUUCCUGAGACUUCUUUAAUUUUCGUUUUUCCUCAAUAUCUCAAAACCUAAUCCAGCGAUUUCAA